CACUAGUGUCGGCACUUCAUCUGAUCUUCUCACAAUGAACGACAUCUACAAAGCAGCGGCAGAGCAACUCACUGAUGAGCAGAAAAAUGAGUUCCGUGCAGCAUUUGACAUUUUUGUUCAGGACGCUGAGGAUGGCUGUAUCAGCACUAAAGAGCUUGGUAAAGUGAUGAGGAUGUUAGGCCAGAACCCUACCCCUGAAGAGCUCCAGGAGAUGAUCGACGAAGUAGAUGAAGAUGGAAGUGGUACGGUGGAUUUUGAGGAAUUUUUGGUCAUGAUGGUGAGGUGCAUGAAAGAUGACAGCAAAGGAAGGCCAGAGGAAGAACUGGCGGAACUCUUCCGUAUGUUUGACAAGAAUGCAGAUGGUUACAUUGACCUUGAUGAACUGAAGCUAAUGCUGGAAGCUACAGGUGAAGCCAUCACUGAAGAUGACAUUGAGGAACUGAUGAGGGACGGAGACAAAAACAAUGACGGAAAAAUUGAUUAUGAUGAGUUCUUGGAGUUCAUGAAGGGGGUGGAAUAGAUGAUGAAGGAAUGUCUUCCUGGUGUUUCUCCUUGUGGAUUGACUACACACACAUUUCGUUUUAUUUUCAUUUAGUAGACGCUUUUAUCAAAAGAAAUGUACAAAUGGGUAAAAGAAGCAACUGUAGCUCAUCGCCACAGCGGAAUGAACUGCCAACUUACCAAGCAUAUAUUUUACGCAGCGGAUGCCUUUCCAGCCACAACCAAUCACUGGGAAACACACACACAUUCACUACGGUCAAUUUUAGCUUAGCCAAUUUACCUGUAACGUGGAAACCUGAGAACAUGCAAACUCCACACAGAAAUGCCAACUGACCCAGCCGAGGCUCGAAUCAGCGACCUUCUUGCUGUGAGGCGAAUGUGCUACUCACUGCGUUUCGCCUGAUAACAACUUUAUGAACAUUAUUUUUUGAAGUUGAUGAACAAUAAAAAUCCUGACAGCCAGUUAGAAUGCAUUCAGAUAUGAAGGGUUUGUACUUUUAAAGUUUACUCUAUUUCUAUGAUUCUUUAUAAAAUGUAAAUAAUAAACAACUGUUUAUCCACUAUA